UCAGCGUUUCUCUCCGCUCUUUCAGGUCCCGUAGCCGUGAUAAGUGGUGAGGAAGACUCUGCCAGCCCUCUUCAUCACGUCAAUCACGGGAUCAUCACGCCGUGUACUCUGGAUGCGGGACCCGACGCAGUCGUCAUAGGAAUGACUCGCAUACCUGUGGUGGAAAAUCCCCAGUACUUUAGGCAUGGACACAACUGCAACAAACCGACCACUCUCGUGCAGCAUAUAAAGCGGAGAGACAUCAUCCUGAAGAGGGAGUUGGGUGAAGGGGCGUUUGGUAAAGUCUUCUUGGCAGAGUGUUACAACCUGAGCCCCACCAAGGACAAGAUGCUGGUAGCUGUCAAGACACUAAAAGAUCCCAACCUGUCAGCCAGGAAGGACUUCCAACGGGAAGCGGAGCUGCUCACCAACCUGCAGCACGACCACAUCGUCAAGUUCUACGGAGUGUGUGUGGACGGAGACCCGCUCAUCAUGGUGUUCGAGUACAUGAAGCAUGGAGACCUGAAUAAAUUCCUAAGAGCCCACGGCCCUGAUGCCAUGAUCCUGGUGGACGGCCAGCCGCUGCAGUCCAACGGAGAGCUGGGCCUUUCCCAGAUGCUGCACAUCGCUACCCAGAUCGCCUCAGGCAUGGUCUACCUGGCCUCCCAGCACUUUGUUCACAGAGAUCUGGCAACUCGCAACUGUCUGGUGGGAAAUGGCCUUCUGGUCAAGAUUGGAGACUUCGGCAUGUCCAGGGAUAUCUACAGCAGCGACUACUACAGGGUUGGAGGACACACCAUGCUACCUAUCCGCUGGAUGCCCCCAGAGAGCAUCAUGUACAGGAAGUUCUCUACGGAAAGUGACGUCUGGAGCUUUGGGGUCAUCCUUUGGGAGAUCUUUACCUAUGGGAAGCAGCCUUGGUUUCAGCUGGGUAACAAUGAGGUUAUCGAGUGCAUAACCCAGGGUCGGGUACUGGAGAGGCCACGGAUCUGUCCCAAGGAGGUUUACGACAUCAUGCUGGGCUGCUGGCAGAGGGAACCGCAGCAGCGACUGAACAUUAAGGACAUCCAGAAGGUCCUGUUCGCCAUGGGAAAAGCCACCCCAGUCUACCUGGAUAUCCUAGGCUAGCAGCAGCCGCUCCCCCCUCACCACACUCCCUCCCUCCCCAAACCCUGCCGUUCCCCAACAGACGGAAAACAUCGACAGAGACAAAAACGAGACAAAGAGAUUCCCACAUGAAAAUCCAGGAAUAACCAAACCAACCUGAUCCACUGUCGAAAACACCUGCUUCGUUUGGGAGGGACUUAAGUGCCUGCAACACUUUUGGAUAUAGUGGAUUAAAACAUAUAAAAAAAAUUUAAAAAAAGGAGAAAAAAAACAUGCACUUUUACAUUUUGUUUACUUGCGUAUAAGAUGUACAUGUUUGAAGAAAAAAAAUUUUCCCAUCGGGGAAAAAAAAGAACUGCAAAAAUUACACAAACAUGGAGAAAGGGAACCGGGCUGGCAAUGGGAAAACGGCUACGGCUUGAUACGGUGGAGAGAAUACAUCAGAAUUUAAAAUCUAUCCUGGGUUUGGUUUUAUGAAUAUAUAUAGAAAUAUUACAUAUAUUUUAUAUUUAUUUCUUUUUCAAGGUCGGUCCAGGUGUUAAAGGGUCCGGCAUUUUUCGUCACCAAGGGCUUGGCCCCUGUAAGAAGUCGCCACCAACAAACUACUGGCAGGGACUAGAGAUGAGGAAGCCUUACACGCUCUCUGAUUGGCCGGCUCCGAGCUUUCAAAGGGAAACUGUGGAAUAACACUGGCUGGUCGGAGAAAACGCUGUGCUCUGUAGAGGACCUAUCCAAUCAGACAACUGACAAAAUCUAUUUUAAUUUAAAAAAUAAUGUACAUAUUGUAAAAUUCUACGUGUCAGAAUUGUGUUAACUUAUUUUUUCCUGAUUUUACUUUGGUUCCUUUUCCUGACUGUGAUCCGGAUGACUAAAGCAUUGAGCUAUGGUCCUUGUUUUCAUCCCGAUUCCGUGGAGAAUUUCUCUUGGGGAUUUUUACCCGCGUCAGCGCCGGUUGAGUUGUUGAACAUGACGACGGUGAAUCCAGUUCAAACGGGCCCACUGACGACGCAUCGCACAGACUGUGGAGAGCGCGGGAUGACUCAGAGCCAUGGUUCACGUACCGGAGGCGCUGAAGCCUCGCCUUUACGUUCCACUUCAUUUGCUUUUCAAAGCAAGGAUAAUGAGUUAAGUAAUCUGUCACGCCAUAACCCCGAAACACAAACACAUGCUUUGUCACUUUCAAGCUUUUUGGUGUGAAACUGCUAAAGAAAACAUUUCUGUAACUCUGACCAUAUUCAUGUUUUGGUAUCUGUAAAGAAGUAGGUUGACGUUUUGUAAAAUAUGGCUAUUUGCUUUCUUACUGCGAGGCCCAUAACAAUGCAUCUUUGGGCUCCACACAGAAAUCAGUCAAGUUAGCUUAGCAUAAAGUAAUCAACGGGAGAACCAGUCUCUGAAACUGCUUAAUACUAAUAUUGCAAAUAAUUUGGGAUUUCUUACUGCAAUCAGAUUUAGAUUGGGUUUUUUUUUAAAAUGUAUUUGAAUUGUUUUUUGUCUUUUGACAAAAAACUAAUGUAGGGGUGAAAUUAUGAAAAUGAAAUUUCAUUACAUUACUCUUACUUUUGUUUCAUCAGCUUCUUAAAAAUUUAUCAAAUUUUUCUAAAUGCCAAAGCUGUAUAGAAUACCAGUACAGUCAGUGUGAGCUUUGCUCAAGCUUACCCCAAACGUAAAAAAUUUAUAUUUAAAAUCGUGAUUUUUUUUUUUUAUUUCCAGAGAAAUGAAAAGGUGUGUAUGAGUAUUUCCUGUCUGCAUAACAACUUUCCAGUCUGUGAAUAACCUUGUUUUAAAGAAAUACCUUUUGUCUGAGUGAACAAGAUCUCAGAAUCAGUGCUAGCUAGACCAACCUAUGCUAAUGCAAUGCAGCACUGAAAUCUGGAAUGUUCCCAUUUUGAGUUUAGAGUGACCCAAAACUUUGGUCAAUCCAGAAUGUUUUUUUAGCAUUUCAGCAAAAAUACAUUUAAACUGUAGGAACAGUACGGCGAGAACUUUAAUCGUUUUGGAGGCCGUAUGUUUUCAAAACCUUGGUAAGCAAUGUUAUCUGCCAAUGCCUCUUAUCUAAUAUCUUUAAUUACUAACGCUGGCUAUACUCAGUUUACUGACUGCAACACAUUCUAAUGGUUUUUUGACUUGAAACUGGAAAAUAGUAAGACUGAAUGUGACAUAAUUCCCAGGCGUCUUAGAAUACCUCACAAAAAUGUAUUGGAAAACGAGGUGGAAGAUAAACCCAUAUUUUAUUGGUGUACUCUAAACAGCAUCAUUUUCUUUGUUCCGUUUUGUUAAUCAGCUCCGAUUAGUUUCACUGACAUGUAAAUCGAUUUGUGGAUUUUAAUGUUGUUCAAGGCUGGUUGGAAAGUAGGCGUCCUGUUUUUAGACUUUGUGCUGCUAAGCUUAUGUAUCUCUGGCGAAAUCUGCAUUUUGACCAAAUACUCACCACUUUGCCAUUCCUCUUUCUUUUCUUAGCAAGAAAGCAAAUAGGCAUAAUACUUUGAAACUGAAACAACAGACUUUACUGAGUGAUACCAUCCAGAUCUUGCUACAUUACUCUCCAGAAAAAGAAACUGAAUCAUGUUUUUAUGAUACAGAUAUUUUUCAUCAGCUAUUCAUGUGUGGUGACUAUUUUUACACCUGCUGUAUCUGACAAAGAUGCCUCUUCUGUUACUAUUAUAUCACAAAGUAUCAACUGAUACCAAAUCGGCUGAUUGUUGUUGAUAAAGUUUGAUAAUUUGUCUUAAAUGAACCUGGUAAUAUAAAAAGUUUUCUUCCUGAAAGAGGAGGCUGGGGGGGGAAACACCCACGAAAUCUACAGUGAGAUCAAAAUGAGAUUAAUUUUGAAGGUUGAGCUUAAAAAGAAACAUGCUUAGUUUUGAAUUCAUUUUUUCACAUCCUGGAGAUUUCAAUCUGAACGACGAACCUCAGGCAACUGUUCUAUUUCAUGUUGUGUCUGAAUAUAUAGCAGUUCUGUGUGGAUCUCUUUACACUCCUUUCUUUUUAUCUCGACACGACUUCUCACAGUAUCACUGUGUUUGUCUCCGUUCUCCUUUGGGACUAUGUAAAGCAUUAAUGAGCAUUCAGUUACUCCAUGUGUUUUUUAUAUGACAAGCGGGAUCAAAUCCAUCGAGUUACCCAAAGUAUUGAGUUUUUGUGUAUUCUCUUGUGGUAAAGAUAAACGCUUAAAGACAUUAUGACACAGAACGUGAGCAUUUGCAGGGUAUUGUAAUCCUUUCAUGGUGAGUUAUAUAUUGUUUAAUAUGUUUUUCUUUUUUUAUUUCCUUCUUCUUCUUCUUGGAUGAACUAACUGAACACUUUUUGAAGCAAAGUUGGCAUAUUACCAUGUACACAUGUUACAGAAUAUAAAAAUGUGGUAUAACGACUGCAGUAUAUAAAAUACUGGUAUUCCAUGAUAGAUCUUUGUAUUAAUGUGACUCUCUUAAGAAAAUGUCUUCAAACAAUCA